AACGUGUCCCUCAGCAUGCCGACUGCCUGCAAAACUAUGCCCAUCGAACAUCAAAGGCAGGAUACAACAUAUAUAAAAAAAGCUCCUCAUCUCACUCUCCGACAAAGCCCUCGCCUCCCGCACUCACCCGUGUCCGAUCCCGAGCCCAGUGCCUCAGCUCAGCUCAGCUCAGCUCAGCCCUCAGCGCCGCCGCCGCCACCGCCUACCCCCGGAAAGCUUCAAAAUGGCGCCAAUUUGUCUCUGGCUGCACCAAUGAACGAGGGCGAUGGGAGGAGGCGGGAGGGUGAGAGUGAGAGGGGGCAACGGGAGGUGGAUGGAGAGGGAGGGAUGCUGUCAACGCGUAAAGUGGACGGCACCGCUCCUUCACCGAGACGCUGCAGCGACAUGCCUGGUUCAGAAAUCAAUACAGAGUCUUUAGAAUUAAGUGAUGAAGGAGCAAAUAUUCCAAGUUCCAAAAGACAAAAGACAGAGAACACUUCUGCACAAAUUGAAAGCAACUCUUCCGAUCUGGCUGUGAAGGAAAAAACUCACUAUGCUCACCAACAGAAUGAAACUGAUGACCUUACCCCACACAGCAAUCAGAACUUGCAGGAAGAAAGCAAGGACAAAGAACUGUCAUCUGUUUCUUUACUUCAGGAGGAGACUGAGCAGUAUAAAGAGAAGAAUUGCAUUACUGUACCCGAAAAACCACCUCAAAUGGAAACCGAAUUGAAGUUGUUUUAUCAGGAAUUGAAUCAAAUUGAAAGUGGGACUGAUUUGCUUGCAAAUGGAAAUGUAGAUGAUUCACAAGACUCAGCAGAAAGCAAAAACGUUAGAGUGAAGAAACAUAGAACUAACAAGGUUUGUAAAAGAAUUGCAGACAUGAAAUGUACAUCUGGAAUAAUGAAUGACUCGCGUUCACAAAUUCUAACAACCGAUCGCCCACAUUUGAGUAACAUGCCGACAAGAUCUCAGUGCCAGCAACCGCAGCCUUUCAUUGGCCCUCAAGAAGCACCUCAGUCAAGACUCAAAGUAUCACUUGCUGAUCAAAGAUACAAUUUCUUAUCACGAGGGCAAAUUUCUCUUCAAUAUGGCCAAAAAUUAAUAACUAAUAAUUAUGACUGUAACAUUGCAGCAAUGCCGGGCAAAUUUGAGAGUAGUAUUUUGCAGAUGCAGCCCAUUAGUAGCUGUAGGUUGCAGUCUAGAUAUUUUCACAACUUCAGCCCACAAGAAAAUGCCAUGCACCAGCAGAUUAUGUUGAAGCCCAACUUGUGUCAGCAGUAUCGGCAGAUAGAGCAACUUACAAAUCCAGCUAUUGGAGAAAAAUUGCUUAUAUUUAUGCGUGGUCCUCCAGGUUGUGGGAAAUCGACACUCUCACGGUUGCUAUUAGAUCAGUGUCCUACUGGUGUGAUCUUGAGCACAGAUGACUAUUUCUGUCAGAACGGCGGUUACUGCUUUGACCCCAGUUUCCUCGGUGCAGCUCAUGAGUGGAAUCAAAACAGGGCUAAUAGGUGUAUGGAUGAAGGCAGGUCACCUAUAAUAAUAGAUAAUACAAAUAUCCAAGCAUGGGAAAUGAAGCCAUAUGCAGAAAUGGCUAUGAAACGACGUUACAGAAUGAGUUUUCGUGAGCCAGACACUUGGUGGAAGUUUAAUGUUGUGGAACUAGAAAAGAGGAACAGACAUCGAGUUCCACGUGAGAAGAUUCUUCAAAUGAUGGCACGUUUUGAACAUCCAAUGUCUUUAGAUAUAGUGUUGAGUUCAGUGGAGCCUUCGUACCUGAAUAAAGUCAUGUUAAAUCUACUUCCACACACUAGCCCAAAGUGGGAAGGGCCGCUCGGUUCAAGUUCCAUUAGUGACAUGACUAAUAGAUAGUUUUAGCGAUGCUCCUGAACUGUUGGCCUUUCAAUACAAGAGAGUUGAUCACUUCGUCCCAUAAUGUGUAUUUCUGGGGAACCAAAGUUUUAACAGCUUGUAAUAACACCCAUUUUAGAAUACUGGAAUAUGCUGAUUACUCUGGAAAAAGAUACUAAACUGACUUUUGGAAGAUUUAUAUCUCCAUUUACUUUCACAAUACUCCAUUUAUUUUCUGUGGCUGUGCAUCAUGCCACAAGGUGUAAAUAUAGGGUUUAGACAGAAAAAUAUUUUCUUUUAUCCUGUUUGACUUUAUUUUGUGCACAGUUUGUAGUUUUAUAUAUGAAUUUGUGACACAAAUAUAAUAUGAAAGCAAUUCACCUUAAACUAUUUUUAAUGGAGAGACUGUUAAUAAGGGAUAUGGAUCAUACAUCCAGCUUGUUAAUUCUAGUUAGAUUGCUUUCUGCAGAAUUGCACAAAAAGGUAAUAUAUCAUCUAUAAUUUGUUACAAUUGUACAGAACAAACGAUCUGCUGAAUAACCUGGAUCAUUCAACUGCUCUUUCUUAACUUCUGUACAGCAGUCAGCACGUUUACCACACCUUUUGUCCAGAUGUGAACCUUGAAAUUUUGUGUUUGUGGCUAUUUGCAUGUAUUUCGAGAAAAGAAACAUAAAUUCCUUUAUUGGUGGGAUUUCUCAAUUGUCUUAGCUUUGCAUGAAACUUGUGAAAUUUACUUUUAUAAAUUGGAUAGCACAUCUAAAUGGAGAAAUGCAAAGGUGCUGUUCAUUAUGAUGUUGAACGUUUUCAAUUGAAAACAGUAUACUUGCAGGAUUCAGUAUACUAUUUGCACUGUUGCUUUGACCAUCAAACGAUUAGUCAAAACAAUAGUGUAACAUGGUUGAAAUGAAGGCUAUGGUCUAACCUGGGAGAUAAAUUAUUUAAAUCUUAUAUAGUAUCAAUGAGAAAGAUUAUCAAGCUGAACCUUCUCAACUAUUACUACAAGCCAGGUGCUUUUAAAAAGUAAUGCUCGAGUUAAAACAAUAGAUUGGUAGCCACAAACUACUGGAGUAACUCAGCGGGACAGGCAGCAUCUUUGGAGAGAAGGAAUGGGUGACGUUUUGUGUUGAGACCCUUCUUCAGGCUGAUCUGAACAAUGGAUUGGUAGCAAUGGUUGGAAGUUCUUUUGGCUUAUUUAUGGGAGGUGUCAUAUAUCAAAAAUGUUUUUUGUAACUUAUUUUGAGCUGUAAUUUUUGUGUAAAAUUGGGAUCUAUGAUUACCUUUUAAAGAUUCAUGUUAAACAUGUGAUUGAAAGCUCCAAAGCAGCUUGAAUAACAGAAUGCAAAAAAACAAGAAAUACGUGUAUAAAUAGACCAUUCGCCCUUGUACAUCCUCCAUUCAGUCAGAUUGUGGCUAUUCCAUUGCCUUUGUGCCACUUUCCUACUAUUAACUCCAUAAAUCCAUUGAUUUACUUAAUGUCCAAAAACUUAGCAAUUUAUAUUCUGAAUAAAAUUAGUGACUCUGAAUUAAAUUUCAGGGAGUACAACUCUACUUUGUACAAUGUUUCCUCAUAAUUUAACCCUUAGAAUCGAGAUAACAUUUUGAAAAAUCUGCCCACAUUUUCUACAAGGAUAAUGCAUUCAAAGCUGUUUCAAAUCUCCAAUGCUGCUCUCCCCUUUCAAGUGGAUGUAACAUAUCCAACUUGCAUAUCUGGGAGUUUUCUUAGUGCCUGCUCAAUAUUCUUCAUUCUACAUCAUUAUAAAAGUUUACUUAUCACAUAACUCGUUGCUAUACAUGACACCUUGCAAAUCAGCCUUCAUAUGUUCCCAUUUUUCAACAGUGACAACAGUUCAAAAAAAGUUUCUAAUUGCACAUUGGAAUACCUAGAAGUUGUGAAAAGUGCAAUAUAAAUGUGUAUUCUCUUUAAAUGAUUUAUUAUUUUUUUCAGAAAAUCUUUAUUACCUACAUUUUAAAUAUUCUAGUAAAAAAUGUAUAAAGGAAUAUUGAGAUGCCCUUAAUAGAAAUGUCAUCCCUGCUUUUCAUCUUGUACCAAAGUAGUAUCAAAGCAAAAUACUAGAAAUUUCACCUUUUCAGCUCUUUUAUGAUACUGUAGUCCUCAAGGCCACUGGUAAAAAUAGCUAAAUGUCCCUUAUCGUAUUUGAAAAUGAACAUUUUGAGAGUAUCUAUAAAUGCAGUUGCGCAUUUGAAAGUGAAAAUAUGAAUUAUUGUAAAUAUUUAGAACAGUGAGUUUUUUAUCUGCUUUAAUGCUAAAGGAUGUAUGAAACAUAAUGGUUUUCCCAAGUUAAUCAAGUUGGCUUUUGGAUUUAUAUAUUUUUUGACUGGAGCUGUCACUGAAAAGCAUUGACACAGAUUUCAGGUUACCAGGUGGGUUGAUACAAUUAGAAUUCCUGAUGGUUGUGGACAUCUCCACAAUAGUUAUAUUGAAGUCAUAAGUUAUUUACUGACGUUUUCCAUUACCAUAUCAUUCAUUGCAGUUUACAAGGCUUUAAAUUUUGAUAUAAUUGCGGUGAAGAAUCUUUCAUAAUUGGCAUUCAUUUAUGUAUGUAAAGAGAAGUGUAUGUUAGAAAUAUAAUAAGAUUGAUUUCAUUUUUGUACAAAAAUUUGUUUUAAAAAUUGUAUUAACUCUCUAAGGAGUUGUCAAUUAAAAUGAGAGUAGAACAUUCACUCAAAACAUUGUAAAUGUUCUGCUAAAUGGGAAUAUACAUUUUGUACAAAUAAAUUUAAGUGUUUGUGGAUUUAUAUUGGAAGAUAGUUGCAGUAGUUCCAGACGUGAAAAGUGAGCAUUAUUUUUGCUGUCCACUGGGAUGAGAAAUUUAAAAUCAUAAAUCAUAUUUUUAAUAUU